UUUCUUGAGCAAAGGUUAAGAAAUGAAUUGUAAUAUCAAUAAUAAUUUCUUAACAAGUGCUACAAUUUUUGUCCUAUUUAAAUGCCAAUUAGCAUUGAAAGGAAAGCACAAUUCAGUAAGUCAAGCCUGAUACUUCAUUAAUUGUUCCCAAGUUUUCCAGAAAGAAAUGGGUGAGGCUUCUGGAGUAGUUUCUCAUAAAAGGUUAGAAGGCAAAGUAGCAAUUAUCACUGGUGGUGCUAGUGGAAUUGGAGCAGCAACAGUGCACUUAUUCCAUGAAAACGGAGCAAAGAUUGUCCUGGCAGAUAUCAAAGACAGCCUAGGCCAAGAAAUAGCUAAUAGGCUUGGAGAAAAUGUUACCUACAUCCAUUGUGAUGUAUCAAAUGAAGAUGAUAUGAUCAACCUUGUCGAUACAACCAUGGCGAAACAUGGAAAACUUGAUAUCAUGUAUAACAAUGCAGGUGUCAUGGACCGCAGUUUAGGAAGUAUUUUAGACACUAAGAAAUCAGAACUAGAUUUGAUGCUCAAGGUUAACUUAGGUGGUGCAUUUUUAGGAGCUAAACAUGCAGCUAGAGUCAUGAUACCGCAGCGAAAAGGUUGCAUACUAUUCACUGCUAGUGCUUGUACAUCCAUUGCAGGACUUUCCACUCAUUCUUAUGCAGCAUCAAAGUAUGGAAUUUGGGGUCUGGCCAAGAACUUGGCAUCUGAGCUUGGCGAAUAUGGUAUCAGAGUCAACUGCGUUUCGCCUUACGGAUUGAUUAGUGGGAUGACCCCUGUUACUGAUCCUGCUUUGCUACAAAUGGCAGAAGGGAUAUUAAGCAAGGCCGGCAAUUUAAGGGGGCAAACACUUAGGGCAGAUGGUAUUGCUAAGGCUGCGCUUUAUUUGGCUAGUGAUGAAGCAUAUUAUGUUAGUGGGUUAAAUCUUGUGGUGGAUGGAGGAUUUAGUGUUGUGAAUCCUACCAUUAUGAAGGCUUCUAUCCAUCAACAAUAUGAGAAAGUAGAAUAAGUAGUCAUUCCAUAAAUUUUAGUGAUCAAAUAUUACUUUGUGCUGAAAUAAUUACGAGUUUGUGUAUGAUUCUUUUUUGCUUGUAUGUUUAUGAUAGUAUUUUAAUCUAAUGUUACACCAUUAUAUGUGGUUUUUGCUUUAUAAAAAAAUUUCAAAUUUAGAGAA